UAGGCAGCUGGCUGGCUUCUCGUGUUUCCCGGUAUAGACCAUGCUCCUUCAACAACCCGAGAGACAUGUUGCAAAUAUUCUCAAGGCCUCAUGCCAUGCCCAAAGACACGACAUAGUCAUGCACUGAUUCAGGCAAAGCCACCAAAGCUUCGCACUCUGAAAUGCAGGCCUAACGUAGCAUCCGCAGGAGCCGGGUGCCGGGACACAGCACUCGGCUGCGAGCCGAGCGGCCGAGCGACAGAGGCGAAGCGCGAACGGCCGCGGUAACAACGGCGGCGGCCGGCCCCGUCAGCCGCGGCGGACGGAAGAGGAAGUGGCUUCUCGUCGGAAGCCGGCGGCGGUGAAGAGCUCCGUGGGGAGCGGGCGUGGGGAGGCAGAGCCCUGCCGCGGCCCUUCCCUGAGCAGGUGGCGCGGCAGCGGCACAGGAAGAUGCGGGCGGCCGGGCUGCUGCAGGCCGCGCUCUGGGGCCUGCUGCUUGCGCCGGUAACUGCAGAUGAGGGGAUCCUACACGCUAGAGGAAGUGGUGUACCUCCAGUGACAAAGGAUUACUGCAUAAUUUACAGUUCUGAUUGGAUAUCUCUUCCAAAGAGCCUAGACAAUGCUACUUUUGUGGCUUUAGAAAACCUGACUUCUACAGUACUCUGCAGUUCUUCUGAAGUUCCUUCUGGCUUAAUGAAGGACAAAGCAGUUGUAGUGAUGAGAGGAAACUGCACUUUUUUGGAGAAAGCAAGAAUUGCACAAAAUUCAGGUGCUAAAAUGUUAUUGAUUGCCAGUAAGACCAGACUGUCUGCUAUUUCAGGUAACAAGACUGAUUUUGAAGAUGUCACUCUCCCAGUUGCCCUUAUAAGAUACAAUGACAUAGUAGAUAUGCAGCUGGUGCUUGGAAAUGAAGUUAAUGUGACUCUGUAUUCACCACCUUUGCCAGACUUUGAUGGCAGUAUGGUUGUCAUCUUCCUCAUUGCUGUGUUUACCGUGGCACUAGGAGGCUACUGGAGUGGAGUAGCAGAACUUGAGAAUUUGAAAGCUGUAGCAAGUCCUGGGGAGAGAGAAACAAGGCGGAAGAAGGAAGACAAUGUCACUUUCACCCCUCUAACAGUUAUCUUUUUUGUUGUCGUCUGUUGUGUCAUGCUGCUCUUACUUUAUUUCUUCUACAAAUGGCUAGUGUAUGUUAUAAUAUCAGUCUUCUGCUUGGCGUCUGCAAUGAGCCUAUACAACUGUCUUGCGGCACUAGUAGGAGAGAUACCAUUUGGGCAGUGCAGGAUUACAUGUUGCAACAAAAGCAUUGAAGUGAGGCUUAUUUUUCUUGCUGCAUUCUGCAUAGCAGCAGCUGUUGUCUGGGCAGUGUUUCGAAAUGAAGAUAGGUGGGCUUGGAUUUUGCAAGAUAUUUUGGGAGUUGCUUUCUGCCUAAACUUUAUUAAAACACUGAAAAUGCCCAACUUUAAGUCCUGUGUGAUACUUCUCGGCCUUCUUCUUCUCUACGAUGUGUUUUUUGUCUUCAUAACACCAUUUAUCACAAAGAAUGGGGCAAGUAUAAUGGUUGAAGUUGCAGCUGGUCCCUUUGGAAACAGUGAAAAGAAUGAUGAGAACUUGGUGGAAGUCCCUACUGAACGCUCAGCUCCCCAUGAGAAAUUACCUGUGGUUAUUAGAGUGCCUAGACUUGAAUACUCUGCAUCGACACUCUGUGACAUGCCAUUUUCAUUGUUGGGUUUUGGAGACAUUAUUGUCCCAGGGCUUCUGGUUGCCUACUGUCGAAGAUUUGAUGUUCAAACAAGUUCAUCUUCUGUGUACUACAUUUCCUGUACAAUAGCUUAUGCCAUUGGUAUGGUGCUGACUUUCAUUGUUUUGGCGUUAAUGAAGAUGGGACAACCUGCCCUUCUCUAUCUUGUACCAUGUACACUGAUUACUAGUUCACUGGUUGCUUGGAGGCGCAAAGAGAUGAAGAAAUUUUGGAAAGGAAACAGCUACCAGGUGUCGGACUCCUCCAGGACGCCUUUGCUACAAGAUGAUGGAACACCUGGAUUAUACAGGACAUGAAGAAAGCACAGCAUCAGCCAGUGAACAGCCUGGACGACAAUAACGUGCAGGAUCCUGAUUCUAAAGUAGUGUUCAAAUUUUCCACAAUUGAGUAACAGUAAAUUUGAAGUUUUAGAGUAGAGUAUUUCUUACUCUGUGUAAAAGGUUUUUUUACUCCCAAACGUAUAUUUUUAUUGAAAGUAUUGUUAAUAAGAGAAAAGUCACUUGCCUUUUUACAGCCAGACCAUGGCUAGUAAAAAUGUGCCUUAUUUUGAUUUCAAUAAAAGGAUAUUUUCUAUGCAAUUUUCCAAAUGUGUUUCUAUACAGUGUAUUUUUAUAGAAGUUGUUUGUCCCUAUCAGUUUGAUGCAUGAAAUACUCUUAAUUUUGAUUGACUAGUUAAGUUUCAUUAAAAAUUAUAAUACCCUUCAUAGGAUUUCUUACCAGAUUUUGAAUGCAAAGAUUGGUAGUAACUCAAGAAUGAAGCUAUAGUUCCAUCACUAUAAGUAAUAUAAACAGUGUAUAUGUUAGUCUGUGUACAUUGGAAGCCAUAAAAUAGGUAACAGGGCAAAUUUAGCUUGGGGUUGUGAGGUUCCCCUUGCCAAGUAUCUCUGGCUUAUGCCUUAACCACGAAAAUUGUUAAGCUUUGAUGCAAGACUUUGGAUUGUAAACCUCACCAACCAUUAAAAAAUAAUAAUAAUAAUAAAAGCAGGGGGAAGGUACAUACACAGUAGCCCUGGAAACCUGAGUGCAUCUCCUGGAAGAGCUACCAAACAAGAUGAUGUGAGAGUAAAAAGGGCUUUUGCUCAAGAAGUGCUAUUUUGGGUGAGGUGGAAUGAAAUGUGAACUUUGUCCUGAUUCUUCUACCUGUUAAGACUAGGUCAGUAUUUGUGGUCUUUAUCUGGCUGUGAAUCAGUUCAAAGAGAUGGGGGAAGACAGGACAGAUUUCUUUAGCUUUUGCAUCUACAUCAUACUGGUUUUAGUUUGUUGUUAAAAAUCCUUUGCAAUUGAUAUUCAAAACAAGUUUGCUAGUAGUGCCUGUGUUAGUUAAGGACAGUGCAUGUGUUUAACUUGAUUAAUCUUAAUUUGUUUUAGCUUUUAAAGACUUGGGAAAAGAGACAUAGUUGAAAUUGUUAGUUUGCGUUUAGAAGACCUUGGGUUUGACACUUUCAUCUUUUUUCAGGAAACUGCAAAUUGAGGGGGAUUAGGCAUAGAAAAUUUGUAUAGAUGUAAUGGUAACACUAUACACCAAAGAAAAUUGGAGAAGGCAACAACAGGAAACCACCGAGUUCACUUAGUGCUAAUGUCAGGUAGUUGUUAAAACAUUUUUCCUAUUCUUUAAAUGAAUGUCAUUCCUAGAGUCAGACCAGGUUGAAAACCAUCCAAAAAGCACAUGCUGGGCAAUGGCAAUGCAGGCUUUUCUGCAGUGCUUCACCUAAGUGCCUCAGUGCUCCUUUGAAGGUCACCUCUAGACAUUUAUAGUUAGUUUAGGGCAUGUUGGCUCAGGAAAACUACCCAGAUAAAAUCUAGUUUAGAUUUACUUAGGAAGUAUGCUAAUUAGGACAAUUGUAAAUCUCUGUUAGCAGUUAACAAAGCCUUACCACAGAUUCGCUGCCUUGCAUUAUUUAUAUCAACUUUAAACUUUUGUUGGCAAGAGUCAGGAGCAGACAAACUUGCAGCCUGUGCCAGUCGUUGCCAUUCACUAAGACUAAUCAUGGUGCUAGUUGAUACGGGUAAGAUAACCACCUUGUUUGCAUCUCCCCUAAGAACACAUGAAUUGCAGUUUUCAUGUUAGUAGCUGCCCUUCUUGACUUGCUCGAUCUAAACAUCACCUGAGCCCCUCAGAAUACAGUGAUCUUGAGCACCAUCUUCACUUUUCAGUUGACUGGCACUUUAAUAAAUUACAGCAAACCUCAGUAGCAGACUGAAAUACUUGUCUUCUGAUGUGUUGUCAUCCAGAGAGAUGAAGAAGUUGUAACUCAUGCAAAGUCAGGCGCUACACAAAGCUUUUUAGAAGCUUCACAAAUCUAAGUAAUAUGACUCCUUUUUCUCUUUAAAAUCUUCUGCAUUGAGGAUUUGUUAAAUUUUCAGCUAUAAAUGAUAAUAGAAUUAGUAUAAAGAAGACCUUUAGCAACAUAAAUGUAUUCAGCAGCUGGCUGUGGAAGCUCUGUCUUGUUCUGUGCCUAAUUAUGCUCCAUGCCUGAUCAUGCCUGAGGUUUCACACACAUGUGCUGCAGUUUAAUGGGAUGUAAACUAACUUUGUUUCAAAUACUUAGGUGCUUUGUUACAAAAAUUAAGAAUGGAGUUUAGAAUUUUAUAUAAAUAAUAGGUUAGUAUUGACUACUGAAAUGAGGGUUUUCUAAGUUCAAUAGAACUGAAUGCAACACUUAGCAAUUGUGAAUGUCAUUAAAUUUGGUUGGGCUAAACACAAUGUAAAAGCCUUUUUAGUCAUACUUUAAAAUCUUACUACCUUUUCUUUAUAUGUUUACUGACAACAGCCCCCUUCCAUGUGACUCUAAGCUAUCACUUUAAGAAUGUUAUUAAUAAAUGUUACUUGGGAAAAAAAAA